UUCCCAUUUCCUGUUCAGUGUGUCACACUUGACGCACAGUGAAGGACCGGAGCAUCCCGCAUCCACAAGGCUUGACAGGCCAAAAAAUUGUCGAAUUGCACUUUUCAGUGGGUAUCUUAAAGCUGGUUGGUCAUCAUUAUGGGGGAACUAUUCAGGAGUGAGGAAAUGACACUGGCCCAGCUGUUUCUCCAGUCGGAGGCAGCAUACUGCUGUGUCAGUGAACUGGGAGAACUUGGCAUGGUCCAGUUUAGAGAUCUCAAUCCGGACGUGAAUGUGUUCCAGCGAAAGUUUGUGAAUGAAGUGCGGAGAUGUGAGGAGAUGGAUCGAAAAUUAAGGUUUGUGGAGAAGGAGAUCAAGAAAGCCAAUAUCCCAACUAUUGACACUGGAGAAAAUCCUGAGGUGCCUUUUCCAAGGGAUAUGAUCGAUUUGGAGGCUACCUUUGAGAAAUUGGAGAAUGAAUUGAAGGAGAUCAACACCAACCAGGAAGCUCUGAAGAAGAACUUCCUGGAGCUGACGGAGCUCAAACACAUUCUUCGUCGAACGCAGCAGUUCUUUGAUGAGAUGGAAGAUCCCAACUUGUUGGAAGAGUCGUCAGCCCUGAUGGAGGGCAACGAGGGGGGAAGAGGGGCUCCGCUUCGACUGGGAUUUGUGGCCGGUGUGAUCAGUCGAGAGAGGAUUCCAACCUUUGAGAGGAUGCUGUGGCGGGUGUGCCGUGGUAAUGUUUUCUUGCGGAAAGCUGAGAUCGAAGACCCGCUGGAGGACCCCGCUACAGUCAGUACUCAAACCUACAGUACAAUGAUAAAAAUGACACAACAUGGCCUCUUUUUUUUGUGGGUGGUCAUAAAUGAUUGGAAGGUUUUAAAGGAGCAUUAUUCUCUCCAACAGGGAGACCAAGUCCACAAAUCAGUCUUCAUCAUUUUCUUCCAAGGUGAUCAGUUGAAGAACAGGGUGAAGAAGAUCUGCGAGGGGUUCCGUGCCUCUCUGUACCCUUGUCCAGAGACUCCACAAGAGAGGAAAGAGAUGUUGGCUGGUGUCAACAGCCGUAUUGACGAUCUCCAAAUGGUGCUGAACCAGACCGAAGACCACCGUCAGCGAGUCCUGCAGGCCGCCUCAAAGACAAUGCGGGUUUGGUUCAUCAAGGUUCGCAAGAUGAAAGCCAUCUACCACACUCUGAACCUGUGUAACAUUGACGUGACUCAGAAAUGUCUCAUCGCUGAAGUGUGGUGUCCAGUCUCAGAUCUGGACUCAAUCCAGUUUGCCCUACGGAGAGGAACGGAACGAAGCGGUUCAACUGUGCCGUCAAUACUCAACAGAAUGCAGACCAAGCAGACUCCGCCCACUUUUAACAAGACCAAUAAGUUCACCUCCGGUUUUCAGAACAUUGUGGAUGCAUACGGCAUUGGAAAUUACAGGGAAAUAAAUCCAGCUCAAUACACCAUCAUCACCUUCCCUUUCCUGUUUGCUGUCAUGUUUGGUGACAUGGGUCAUGGCCUUCUAUUGACCUGCGCUGCUCUCUAUUUAGUCAUCCGUGAAAGUCGCCUACUUGCCCAGAAGACUGACAAUGAGAUGUUCAAUAUGGUGUUUGCUGGUCGCUACAUCAUAUUGCUCAUGGGGAUCUUCUCUGUCUACACAGGCAUCAUUUAUAAUGAUUGCUUCUCCAAAUCACUGAACAUGUUUGGCUCUGGAUGGAGUGUGAGGCCAAUGUUUGGGCCCAAAGGCGCCAACUGGUCGUUUGAAACGCUUGAAGGAAACGCGGUGCUACAGUUGGACCCUGCAAUUCCUGGUGUGUUCAAUGGACCUUAUCCUCUUGGAAUUGACCCGAUAUGGAACAUUGCCACCAACAAGCUCACGUUCCUCAACUCAUUUAAAAUGAAGAUGUCUGUUAUCCUCGGUGUAAUCCACAUGCUAUUUGGAGUCUCUCUCAGUCUUUUCAACCAUUUGUACUUCAAGAAGCCUCUGAACAUCUUCCUAGGCUUCAUUCCCGAGAUUGUCUUCAUGUCUAGCCUGUUUGGUUACCUCGUCCUGCUGGUCUUCUACAAGUGGACAGCUUACGAUGCAUUCACCUCAAAAGACGCACCCAGCCUGCUCAUCCACUUUAUCAAUAUGUGCCUCUUCAAUUACAGUGACCCCACUACCAAAUCCCUCUACGCGGGACAGAUGGGGAUCCAGGUUUUGUUGGUGCUCAUUGCCCUUGCAUGUGUACCCUGUAUGCUGGUUGUGAAAACUAUGGUGCUUCGGCGUCAGCACCUGUGGAAAAAGCACCUGGGCACGCAGAAGUUCGGAGGAGUGCGGGUGGGCAACGGGCCCACGGAGGAUGAGGCUGGCAUCAUGGACCACGACCAGCUCUCUCAACACUCAGAGGAGGGAGAUGAGUUUGAUUUUGGUGAUGUGGCUGUCCAUCAGGCCAUUCACACCAUAGAGUACUGUCUGGGAUGUAUCUCCAACACGGCCUCUUAUCUCCGUCUCUGGGCCCUCAGCUUGGCUCAUGCGCAGCUGUCAGAGGUGCUCUGGUCCAUGGUAAUGCACCUGGGUUUGUCCUCCCGGAGUGGUGGCGGUUUUUUCGGCCUCACAAUCAUCUUUGCGGCGUUCGCCACCCUCACCGUUGCCAUUCUGCUCGUCAUGGAGGGGCUGUCUGCCUUUUUGCAUGCCCUGCGUCUUCACUGGGUGGAAUUCCAGAAUAAGUUUUAUUCCGGCCAGGGCUUCAAGUUUGUCCCCUUUUCAUUCGAGAGCAUCCUGGAUGGAAGAUUUGACGAAUGAUCAUCUGGAGUCCAGUCUUCUCUCUUCCCAUUAGUGUCAGUGUGCAUGAACCCUCGUGCAAGCCUCUGUGUCCCCCUAGUGGCAUUCCAAAAACCUUGAUUGUUUGUGGUAUUAGAAACAAGUUACCGGUAUUUGAAAUCAUUUCAAGACCCAGCAGUCUGCAUACUGGAACUCAUCAUGCUCACAGAAUUUCCAUUUAUUAUUAUUAUUAUUUUUUGAAAGCUUCAGCGAGGCUUGUGAAAUACAGUAUGGUGUCAUUUCCUGUUCUGAGUCAAAAUCCUCAAUGUUUUAGAUGCGGAAAGGUUUAAGUACAAAAUGUCUGUGUACAACUUUUAACUUAGAGGCUGUGUUAAAAACUCACUGAAUGGAAAUAACCACAAGACCAGAAUGGGGCUGUUUGACUGGCACCGUACUCAUCCAAUCGUCUCUUGUACUGUAAACUUGCGCGAAUGGAAUUGGUCAGUGCAAGGAAGCAUGUGAAGGGGUAAUA